AACAUGCUCAUGAUCGGGGCAUGCUGUGUUUCUGCUUUUCCACAGUGACAUUCAGAAACUGCGAUGAGGGAAAUGUCCAACUGAAGGCUGCAGAUACCUCUGCCUUCACUGUGAGUCAGGAAGGUGUAGUCUACACCCUACAACCACUGAGCCUGGGAGUGGAGGAAAAGGCUCAGGUCAUGAUCUAUGCUCAAGACCUUCAGUCCAACAGAAUUUGGCACACCAGAGUUCAUCUUGAGAUCAAUACUGCACCACAACAGGUAAAGCCUGGUGAUACAGCACUGACUCAGCCAGUUCCAGAGGUCCUGUUUCCAUGGCAUAGCGUGGUUGUUGGUGGCGAUGGCACCAUGAGGCGGGUAAAGAGGGACUGGGUCAUUCCACCUAUCAACGUUCCUGAGAACUCAAGAGGGCAAUUCCCAGAGGAUCUAGUCAGGAUUCGUUCAGAUCGGGAUAAGAACCGGAUGCUGCGCUACAGUGUGACAGGUCCUGGUGCUGACCAACCUCCAACUGGCAUCUUCAUCAUCAACCCAAUCUCAGGCCAGCUGUCCGUCACCAAACCUCUGGACAGAGAACACAUCCCUAACUUCCAUUUACGAGCCCAUGCUGUGGAUCUGAAUGGCAACCAAGUGGAGAACCCCAUUGACAUCGUCAUCAACGUCAUCGACCAGAACGAUAACAGACCAGAGUUCACACACACCAUCUUCAAUGGUUCUGUUCCUGAAGGAUCUAAACCCGGAUCAUUUGUAAUGACAGUGACAGCAGUGGAUAAGGAUGACCCAAAAAUGGCCAAUGGAAUGUUGCGGUACAAGAUACUUUCGCAGAAUCCCCAAAGCCCAUCAUAUAAUAUGUUUACCAUAAACAACAGGACUGGCGACAUCAUCACUGUUGCUGCAGGCCUGGAUCGGGAGAAAGUCCCUCAGUACACCCUGAUCAUCCAGGCCACUGACAUGGAGGGAAACCCCACCUACGGCCUUUCCAACACUGCCACCACUGUCAUCAGGAUUACUGAUGUCAACGACAACCCUCCUGAAUUCACCACAGAUGCAUUCUUCGGUGAAGUUCAUGAGAACAGGGUGAAUGUAAUUGUUGCUAACCUGACUGUGACAGAUAAAGACCAGCCGCAUACGCCGGCCUGGAGGACAGUGUACCGGAUCAUUGCUGGAGACCCCGCAGGGCACUUCUCCAUCCCCACUGACCCCACCACUAAUGAGGGCUUAAUCACUGUGAUCAAGCCGGUAGAUUUUGAGUUGACACGUUCAUACAUGCUAACCGUGGAGGCAGAAAAUGAAAUCCCAUUGGCCCGCGGCAUCCACAUCCCUCGUCAGUCCACAGCAACUGUGUCUGUGAGAAUCCUGGACAUCAACGAGAGUCCAGAGUUCAGUCCCAACCCCAAGACUAUUAAACUGGAAGAAGGUUUGCCAGCAGGAUCUUUGCUCACAACUUUCACUGCCCAGGACCCUGACCGCUUCAUGAGGCAGACUAUCAGAUACUCCAAGAUCUAUGACCCAGCCAGCUGGCUGGAUAUCGACCCAGUAUACGGAAGGAUUUCCACCAUCGCCAUCCUUGAUCGAGAGUCUCCCUUUGUCAAGAACAACCUCUACAAUGUUACUUUCACAGCUUCUGAUAAUGGUGAGACAUGCUCAGUGACCUUGCGUCUCCCGGCGCGAGAUCCGCGGAGGCGCUUCCUCAAAGACGGUCACGUCUCCACGUCGUCGGGUGUGUGA